GCAAUCCAGCGGUAAACAUGUCCAUUUCAAAUCGAUUCUUGAGUGGCAGUGCAGCAGUGCUGAUGAUCAGCUUGGCACUGGCCAGGUUCAGUGCGGUUGAGGGACAAGCUGGAACAGUACACUGGAAUAAUGGCAACUCGGCUGGCGUGGGCGCCUGGUCCAAUGCCCAAUCGGGUGGAAUGCAUCCGCCAGGCAGCUUGGGAGCCCAGGAUCCACAGUACAGCUAUGGAUAUGCAGGGAUUGAUUCACGAGGAACCUACGGUGGAGCUGGUGGCAAUGGUGCCUACUAUGUAGGUGGCACAGAUGAGCAUGGACGUCCCUUUUCGUAUGGCAACCAGGCUGGUGGAUAUAUGGGCGGAAUCCGGCCGGAGUCCAAUUAUCCGGGCGCUUAUGGAUACCGCAAUGGAGGAGCAACAAUGACGUCGACGACGGGUGUGAUGAUGACCUUGGCCAUGGCCCUUGGCCUCACCUUGAUGGUCAGGAGACUUUGAUGCGGUUUGCAGCGCGGGAAGUUUUUUUUUUACCUAGUUUCUAAGCUUA